CUCUAGCCUCGUCCAGGGAAGUCGCUAUCCUUACCUUUCGGCAGGAGCCUGUGCCUUGCUGUCCGCGCCCGCUUGCCCUCGGCUUCGUCCUACCGCUAGCCAUUGCCCUCUUGCAGCCCACCAUGGCCCUACUGCACUCUGGCCGCGUCCUUACCGGGGUCGCAGCCGCCUUCCACCCAGGCCUCGCCGCCGCGGCUUCUACCAGAGCCAGCUCCUGGUGGGCCCAUGUGGAGAUGGGGCCUCCAGAUCCCAUCCUGGGAGUCACAGAAGCUUUUAAGAGAGAUACCAACAGCAAAAAAAUGAAUCUGGGAGUCGGGGCCUAUCGGGAUGAUAAUGGAAAGCCUUACGUGCUCCCUAGUGUCCGGAAGGCAGAGGCCCAGAUUGCUGCAAAAAAUCUGGACAAGGAAUACCUGCCUAUUGGAGGACUGGCUGAAUUUUGUAAGGCAUCUGCUGAACUGGCCCUGGGCGAGAACAAUGAGGUGUUGAAAAGCGGCCGGUAUGUCACUGUGCAGACCAUUUCUGGAACUGGGGCAUUAAGGAUCGGAGCCAGUUUUCUGCAAAGAUUCUUUAAGUUCAGCCGAGAUGUCUUUCUGCCCAAGCCGUCCUGGGGAAAUCACACACCCAUCUUCAGGGACGCUGGCAUGCAGCUACAUGGUUAUCGAUACUACGACCCCAAGACGUGCGGCUUUGACUUCACAGGCGCUAUAGAUGACAUUUCAAAAAUGCCAGAGCAAAGUGUUCUUCUUCUACACGCCUGUGCUCACAAUCCCACGGGAGUGGACCCCCGUCCGGAACAGUGGAAGGAAAUAGCAACAGUGGUGAAGAAAAAGAAUCUUUUUGCAUUUUUUGACAUGGCCUACCAAGGCUUUGCCAGUGGAGAUGGUAACAAGGAUGCCUGGGCCGUGCGCCACUUCAUCGAACAAGGCAUUGAUGUUUGUCUCUGCCAGUCGUACGCCAAGAACAUGGGCUUAUACGGUGAGCGUGUGGGAGCCUUCACUGUGGUCUGCGUAGACGCUGAAACAGCCAAAAGGGUGGAAUCACAGUUAAAGAUCUUGAUCCGUCCCAUGUACUCCAACCCUCCUAUUAAUGGAGCCCGAAUCGCCUCAACCAUUCUGACCACUCCAGAUUUGCGGAACCAAUGGUUGCAAGAAGUGAAAGGCAUGGCUGACCGCAUCAUUAGCAUGCGGACUCAGCUGGUCUCCAACCUCAAGAAGGAGGGCUCCUCACACAAUUGGCAGCACAUCACUGACCAGAUUGGCAUGUUUUGCUUCACAGGGCUCAAGCCUGAACAGGUGGAACGGCUGACCAAGGAGUUCUCCAUCUACAUGACAAAGGACGGCCGCAUCUCUGUGGCAGGGGUCACCUCUGGCAAUGUGGGCUACCUUGCCCAUGCCAUCCACCAGGUCACCAAGUAGUUUCUCGGGUGAGAGGGAACAGAGACAACCCACAUGUCAUCAGCCUCUGCUCUUGUGAGAUUCUCUGGGAGAAGGAGGGAGGGCACAUGGUGGUGAGCAGAUUAUUUCCUUCAACCACAAUGUUUAACUCUCAGCCAUUGAAUGUGUGUCACGGAAAAGGACAUGCAGUGAAAUCGGGCAGAGGCAUCCAUGGCUGGUGUCUGCAGCUUUGUGGCUCCAAAACCAAACCCUCCCCCAUCCUUUUAUCUCCAGUUUU